AUGGAUGGCAUUACAAUUUCAGAUUGCCGAGAAUUACUUUGUGGUCAGACAAAGGCAGAAUAUGAAAUGUCAGCCUGUCAGAUUGUGACUUUCGAGUUGAAUCAUGCCUCUUUGGAAAAUAUGCUCAUUAACACCAUAUCAGACUCCAAGAUGUGUUUUGAAGUUCCAUUAACAGAACAAGCUGCCAUUGUGACAGAGGAUUUAAAUGCAUUUCAUGUAGAUAAUUUCAGCAACAAACUACAACCCUCUGACAAAUCACUUGUGUUCACAGCAAUUAAGCAAACAAUAGAACAACUGGACUCGACUGGAGAAUCUGUUAUUACAAUCAUUGUGCCAGAUGGAGUUUCAGAAAAGCAGCCUGUUCUGACAAGCCAGGUCAUUUUGGAUGAUCGACAGUUCACUAAUGAAGAAAACUUUGAUGCUGAAAAUACAUUUUCCAAGGAAUCAGAUGCAGGUGAUGAGCUGCUAGAAACCGAGCAUUCAUACUGCAAACAUGAUUUUGACAGGAAUCAUCUCUGGCAAACCAUUGCUAAACUGCAGUCUAAAAUAGCACUUCUAGAAGUGCAGGAAAAUGUAACUCUCUCUCGUUUAAGAUCCCUGGAAUCUCUGAUUGCACAAUUAAGACAGGAAAAUGUGUUGUCAGAUGAAAAGAUGAAAUUGAUUGACAGCUGUCUGAAUAGCUUUGAUGUUGCUAUGGUGCAGUAA